UACUUAAUCUGAUGGUUCCAUCACCACAAGUCAAUUCAAAUGCUUGCAAGAGAAGCAAGGUUUUGUUAUUACCUACCUGACUAAAAAUUGACAGCCACAACUGCUUGAAGAUGGUGCAGUUAUCUAUCAAAGCUCGUGAUUACAGUUAAUUGAUACCCAACAACUUCAAGUCCACCUCACAUUUCUUCUCGUUGAAUGCCUGUAUAUAGUGGAGCGGAGCAAGCUGACUGUAAGUUGGUGUGGGGUCCUCGGUUUAACAGUUCCAUCUUCAUUGCCAAUGCGGGAUUCCUCUUUAAUUUUCUGGCCUUGUUUUGUGUGCCGAACAAAGCAUCUUCUUCGCAUAAGGCCUGUCCAAUGCACUGCAAUUCUGUUGGGAAGCAGCUGCUUUUUUCACACCAACAUGUCUGGGGACUGACAUUCUCUGGCAUUGAGAAUGGUGGUGGAAGACACAGUCACACCAACCUUGCUUAUGUGGGAGAAGAGGGAAGGUAAACACCUAGAUGCCCAUUUAGGUCUAUUUCAUGUUACGUGGGACUGGAAGAUGUAAACAUCUAGUUUUUACUGCUGUGCAUCUCUUGUUGGGCAUGGGGCAUUAGCUUGACAUUUGGGAUUUGUGCACUUUUAUUGUUUGUUGGUAUAUAGGGGUUAAAAUGAAACCCUCAUAAAUUUAAUGUAGUUUUAGUGGAAAGCAAGAGGGCUCUCCUGGAGGGAGCAUUGGUGGUUUGCUUCUGCUUCUGCUUUUGUCUUAUGAUAAUAGUGGAGCAGGCAAAGCAGAUCAAUUUCAUCUUUUUGCCACCCAAUUUCCUGAAGAAUAUUGUCUUACAAAUGAAUUGCCUCUGGAUAUCUUUCUUUUGUUGUGGUGGUCUGGACUUGUGAAACUGUCCUCUUGGAGGUGUUUACAAUAAAGAUCAAGUCUGUAGCACAGGCAACCAGAUUCAAGUUUCCUCUGUUUUCCUUGAUCUCAUGAGCAGCAAACUUGGAUGUUAUGGAUAUUAGUUACUCAAGCCUUAACCUCUGCUGAGAAUGAUAUGAACAUUCGUUCUGCUUGGAAACUAGUGGGAAUCUCAAACUCAGUUGUGGAGUUGAUUAAAAGUGGAAGCUUUGUCAAAUUUAUGCUGCCAUGUUGAAGAGGGGAUGCUUUCAAAAAGUAGAAAAUGUAGACGAGAUACAGGAUCUGAAUUUUGUAGAUCUACCUGAGUUAGUAUUGGAAAACAUCUUUAGUAGGCUUUCUCCUGCAAGUCUGUGCACCACUUCAGGUGUAUGUAGAGAUCUGAGGAGGAUGUGCAGUAGUGAUCAUCUUUGGGAAGUCCACAUUAAAAGGAAAUGGGAUAAAAUUGUAGGACCAGCAGCACGCAAGGAGUGGCAAUGGACCAUUGCAUCGAACAUAGAACCAGUAACUGUAGACCACAGAAAAAGAAAAGGUUGGAGUUUGUCAUGGUGUUGUAUAUGGCCAUGGUUAUUUUCCAGACAGAAUUCACAGCCAGAGACUAAAAAUAAACUGAAAAGCAGCUCACAAUCCGGAUAAUUGAUGGCAUGGUAUGUGGCACUUGACAGUGGCGACUUCUGGUUUCCAGCUCAGGUGUACAAUCGUGAGCAUGGACAUGUUGGAUUUAUGCUAUCAUGCUAUGAUGCAGAAGUUAGUUACAACCGUCAAACUAACACUUUCCAUGCAAGGUAUCCCCCACAUGGUCCUCGCACCAGUGUUGAUGAGGAAAGAGUCCAGUGGGAGAGAAUCCGAGCACCUCCCACAGACACCUCUGCCCAUAGGCUUCACGUGUCUGAUUGCUUAGAUACCUUGUGUCCUGGUGAUCAUGUUGAGGUACAAUGGAGGAGGAACAGGCAAUUCCCAUAUGGAUGGUGGUAUGGAGUUGUGGGCCACUCAGAUAUCUGUGAUGGACAUAGUCAUCACUGCCACUGUCAUCUAGAUGAUACUGUGUGGCUGGAGUUCAAUCAAUAUACCCAUGGUUCUCGAUGGAGACGUGCACCAAUCAAUAGAAGAUAUCAUCAUGAAGCAGGAACUGAGGUUGAAGGAUUUUAUGGAGGCAUUCGGAAGUUAAUUACAGAGGAAGAGGUUUUAACCUGGAAGAAGUUGUGGCCAAAAGAAUCACUAGAAUGAAUUAUUAUCACAUAACAUUUAUCCUCAUUAUACAUUCAAUGCUGGACGUAUAUUGGAAAGGCAGCCAUCAUCAUUAAGUGCGUUUGAUGAUGGCACAUUUCUUUAGGACAGACAUAGAGAGUGUCAAGUGUUGCUGACAACUUUUGUGUUUCUUUUGCCUUUCAUAUUGAUGACUCUGGUCCAACUGUUUUCAGGUUAAUAUUUUCUUCACAAAUGGCCAGAUGCAUAUGCAUGUUGUGCCAGUAGAAUGACUGUUGUUGAAAUAAACCAUUAUGUAUGCAUAUAAUUGUAGUCAUUAUAGUCAGGAUGACAGCUGUUGCAGUUCACUUGUCCAUUGAAGAUUUGAUUUUUUUAAUGGCACAGCACAAUGCAUUGUACCAUAGAUUGCUCA